UGAUGGAGUACGGAGAGCAACUCAGUGCUGCAACUAUCGGUGAUUUGGGAGUUGAAACUCAUUUUCAAGAUGGAACUCCACUAGAUGAAUUGAAAAGUCACUGUCUGCAGUUAUUUCCAAAGACAAGAGCGGCAUUUCGAUCGUUGGAAUUAAAACUGGAAACGUUAAAGCCAAACGACGACGAACUACCUAGGAUAGAGGUCUUAAUAGAAAAGCUACGAGGACCGAACAUUAUUGGUUUGUUUGUUAGUGUUUACUCUGAUGUAUUUAUAUCUAGGUUUGAAAAUUAUCGCAUAUUCGAAGACCUAGCUCGAAGAAAAGUUUCCUCUUUAGAGACGCCAGCAAUGACAUGCUUGGAAGAAGUGACAGCCUUAGUGCACAACGCAUUUGUUGAGAUUGCUGGUAAGCAAUUUGGUAGAUUUCAAUUUCUUCGCUAUUUGGUGGUUGAAAUAGUAAACGAGCUAUUUCAAAAACUGAAGGAAGAAGCUCGCCAAGAACUGUCUAGAAUGAACGAGGCAGAAAAAGUCAUUUACAGCAGUGAUACAACUUUCACAGACUGUUUGGAUAAAUUUUCGAAUAUUUACCGUUUUGGACAGAUCGAAUUGCCUUCUCAAUUAACUCAAUCAGGUACCGAUCUUGAGAUGGGACGGGAGCUUAGCGGACCAUCUAAGAGUCCACGUUUUGCAAAUAAUUUCACGCUUACAGAAGAACAAGGAAUUCAAUCCGAGGGAUACCGCCAUUCACGUCAGAAGGCGACUGGUGGAGGACAACAAAUGUUACGCAAACUAAAAGCAUAUUUUAAAAUAGUAAGUGGUCGACUGAGUGACGCUGUUCCCCAAGUGAUUAUGCACAAUCUUUUCAAGAAAUUUCCGCAGCAAGUCAAAGUCAAGCUUAUUUCACACUUUUCCAAAAGCCAGGCAGUACACGAAGACAAAGUGGAUGAAAAGGAAAGAUCAGUACACUGGACGGUCGAUAGGCUAUUGCAAGAAGACGAAGACCUGACAAGGCAUCGUGAAGAGCUCCACCAUAAAGUGGAAAGGCUUCAAGAAGGAGAAAGAAAGUUGAAAUCUUUUCUAAGUACACCGUACGGGAUGUCGUCUUGACUUCAAUGCACUCAGAAAAUGUCGUGAAGAGACUGUAGAACUAAAUGCUCGAUGCUAUAGCUCGAUGACCUACGUAUUGAUGAUGUUCAAUGUUUGUUGGCAUACGCUUAUAAUCCUUGUUGUUAUGAAAUACUCAAAACUAUUGAAAGACGAUCUUCUUU